AUGGCUUUCCAAGGCCCCAUGAACCCCAUGCUCAACCUAGCCAAACUCCUCAUUUCAAGGGGUCUUCGUGUCACUAUCGCCGCCACUGAAAUGGCUCGACAUCACAUAAUAAACUCAAACCCUAUUGCCCAUAAUUCUCAAAUCCAGAUCGAGUUUUUCUCUGAUGGUCUUAGCCUUGACUUUGAUCGCCUCAAGUAUUCUGAUGAUUUCUUCGAUUCUCUAAAAACAAACGGUUCCUCCAUCAAGAACAUUCUUCAAGAUCUUUUUCAAUCUCUUGAUAAAGCACAAUGGGUUCUCGCCACUUCGUUUGACGAAAUUGAGGAAGAGAUUGUGAAGGCCAUGGAUUAUCUAAUCAAGAAUCGGUCCAUUGGACCGUUGGUGUCGCCAUUUCUUGUGGGACAAAAAGAAACCGAUGAUCUCAGUAUUAACCUGUGGAAUGCCGAAGAUUCCUGCAUGGGGUGGCUAGACGACAAGCCAGAUUGCUCGCCAGCUCGGAAACAUUGCGAGGAAGAUGAUUCUGCAAAAUUGCCAAAUGAAUUUCUGGAAGAAAUGAAAAAGAAAGAGACAGGCUUGGUGGUCACGUGGUGUCCGCAAGAGAAAGUGCCAAUGCACCGUUCUGUGGGUUGCUUCAUGACUCAUUGUGGGUGGAACUCGACGGCGGAGACGGUGGUUGCCGGAGUGCCGGUGAUUGCUUAUCCAAAAUGGUCGGAUCAGCCAACAAAUGCUAGGCUUUGUGGAAGUGUUUUCGAGAAUAGCGUGAAGGUGAAUUUUGAGGAAGAUGGAAAUGUUAGCGCAGAACAGUUGGAGAGAUGCAUCAGAAAAGUGAUGGAGGAUCCAGAGGGUAACAAGAUGAAGAAGAAGGCAUUGAAAUUGAAAGACGCAGCAAGGAAGGUGUUGCAGGAAGGUGGCUCAUCUCAUAAUAAUGUUAAUCAGUUCAUUGGUGAAUUAGUUCUUGCAAAGAACCAGGCUUCAGCUUAA